UCUUUGUUUGUUGGAUAGUGAAAGAAGAUAUGAAGUUCAAUAAUAACCAAAUUAUUCUGCUAGCACUUUUAUGUGCUUCACUUUUUCUUGCUUCAGCUCUACUAGUUGAUAAGACUAAAGCAGCAAAUGAAGGCCAACUAAAUGUUGAAAAACAAGGCCAUGGAGGUGGCCAUCAUGGCGGUGGCGGUCACGGAGGUGGCGGUCAUGGCGGUGGGGGCCAUGGAGGUGGCGGCCAUCAUGGCGGUGGAGGCCACGGAGGUGGUGGUCAUGGCGGCGGAGGCCACGGAGGUGGUCAUCAUGGUGGUGGAGGCCACGGAAAAUGAAGUCAGUGUCCCGAGAACGAAGAACGUUAUAAAUUAAAGAACUUUAGGUUAAACUGCUCGCAUCCAGUUUUUAUAAUAUAGUCCAUAAUAAAAAAUACCUACGUUUUUAAUUUGGAGUUGCAUGUCAUGUUAUGUGUACUGGAAAUGAUAUAUAGUAAAUAUGAAUAAAUAUCAAUGUUUUAUAUUCUCCA